UUAAACAAUUUCCGUGUAUCGUGAUAUACUGUGCAUCUGUUCAAUAACUAAAAGUGUGACAAACAAACAGAUUUGUUGACUGUUGUUGACUUUGAGGAGGUGGAAGUGAAAGCCCGUUGAGCACUCGUGGAAUCACAGCAAAUUGGCGCCACUUGUUGUCAGCAGCAUGUCCAGCCACGAGGAGGAUGACCAUGAGCACGAGCACGAGCACGGCGACGAUGUCGAGGAGCAGGAGAUACAUGUGGACGUUGACUCCGAUUCGCGGAUGUCAUGCGGCAGCGGCUCCGAUGUGGAUAUGGAUAAUGGCAGCUGUUACGAUGAGUCGGAGACGCCAUUGAGUGAGUCGUUGCAGUCGGAACAGACGCGAUCUUCGUCCAGCGAGAACCUUCCCUUCAGCAUAUCACGCCUGCUCUCCAAGCCCUUCGAGACGAACAACAACCACAGUCUCAGCCUCAGCCUCAGUCACAGCCACCAGCACAGCAGCAGCCCCGGCUCCAGCAGCAACAAUAACAACAACAACAACAAUCACGGGGAAAAGGGCGAGGAGAAGGAGCUACUCCAUGUGGAGGACCACGAACUGGCGGCCUACAAGCUAGCCACCAGCAUCGCCAACUCCACGUACGGAAGUGCCGCGGCCCUCUACUCGUAUCCACAUCUGUAUCCAUCGGCAGCGGCAGCCGCCGCCGGCCAUGUGCUACGUGUGCCGCCCCAGAGGACGCCCCUUACGUGGGCCCUGCCACCGCUGCACCAUGCGGCGUUGGCCCAUCAGGCGGUCAAGGAUCGACUGGCAGCUGCCUUCCCCAUUGCCCGACGGAUUGGACAUCCCUACCAGAAUCGCACGCCGCCAAAGCGGAAAAAGCCACGCACAUCCUUCACGCGCAUCCAGGUGGCCGAGCUGGAGAAGCGCUUCCACAAGCAAAAGUAUCUGGCCUCCGCGGAGCGAGCCGCUCUGGCGCGCGGCCUCAAGAUGACCGAUGCCCAGGUGAAGACGUGGUUCCAGAAUCGACGCACCAAAUGGAGACGCCAGACGGCCGAGGAACGCGAGGCCGAGCGGCAGGCCGCCAAUCGCCUGAUGCUUUCCCUGCAGGCGGAGGCCAUUAGCAAGGGCUUUGCUCCGCCGUCGGCUCCUCUGAGCUCCCAGGGCGGCGUCAAUGGAGCGCCCCUGGCAGCGUUGCACGGCCUGCAGCCCUGGGCAGAGGCUUCGCAUGCGGCGGGCUGCUAAUCGUUGCCCGGAUCGAGUGGCGAUGACAGAAGGUUUAUUUGUGAUACAUUUCGCUCUGUACAUAGUUCGAUAGAGGCGGCGGCGGCGGGGGCGGCAGAGAACGGACAGUGAUCGGGUCGCUCGAGUGGGCGUUCCCACUGUAAAUAGGAGUGGUUCUCCCAUCUGUAAAUACCUAGCUUUAUUCUCUAGAGACGCUUGCGGAGGAGUUGGAAAAGGAGGAAGAGGAGCCCGGUCUACGCCUUAAGUUUGGGUAGAUUCUCAAUUUUCAGUUUCGUGUUUCGUAGUGCAGCAUUUAGAGCCUUCCUUCCCUUAGUUAUUGUUCGACAGUUUAACCGAAGGCAAAUCGCAUCUCAAAAAUGUCGCAGUGAGCUUCAGAGCCACGCUUAGUAAUAAUACGCCGUAUAUGUAUAUAGCAGAUAUAUAUACGCAUAUACAUAUGUACUGUAAUUGUAGUAUCUGUCUGUAGACCUAAGUCCAAUGGCAUUACCUAGUAUUAUAAAUUAUAAACGCCUAAAAUAUGUACGAUCAUUGAAAAUUAAACAAGAAAAUGAAUGAAAAUAAACACAUUACAAAAAUCAAAGA